ACUUUUGCGCUCAACUCAGCCGCCGACACUGUCCGUAAAAGGUACGUACACUGCUCAUAUUAAAUAAAUUGUAAAUUAAUCCAGCAACGAGACGUUUUCCACGUAGUUAUAAUAUUAAAAUAGAUAGCAAUAGUUUUUAAGUGUAUAUUUUUUUUAAUCGUGUGAUUUAUGUACAUUAGUGUUAUUUUAAAACGUUUAACAAAAAAAAAUAUAUACAAGUAUUAUUUUAUUAUUUGAAAAUCCAAAGAAAUAUUAUUCAUAGUUCGAUGAUAGAAAAUAAAAAAAAUAUUAUUUAAUAUUAUUUAUAAACGGUAUUUAAAUAUAAUUGGUAUACCUAUCCGUUAACACAUUUUUUAUAAAAUUAUUAUUUUUUUUCAUCAAUUUUUAAUUAUUAUUAUUGCAACUUCGCUAUAUUUGAAAUUAAUUUAGUGCGAUUAUGGUAAACUUCUAUACUUAACGAGUUAUGAAUAAACUAUUAGGUACCUACCUACCAUGUACAUUUUCAAAGCCGAAAUCCAACGCUCUUAACACAAUAUAUUAAACCUUUUAUUAAAAUUAAUAAAAAAACUCCCCGACCGUUAAAAAAUAUUUUUUUUUAUAUUCUAUUGAAAAUAUAAAAAGGUAUUAACGGAGUUAUAUAUAUAGUACAUAGGCUAGUUAAAUAAUUUUUUUUUUUAAAUUUAAAACUACUCGUAUAUAGAUUAGGUAUAUUGAUAUACGAUAUGAUAGUAUGAUAUUAAAAGGACUCGUUACAUUAUUAUUAUUUGCCAUAAUCCUCUUCGCUUUAUCUAAAUAUAUAUAAUAUAUAUAUUUAUAUACAUUCAUUUUUACGACUUCUUAGAGGUAUCAAUCGUAGACAAUUUGAUGAAAAUUCAACAAUUUCUUUCAAAUUAUCACAAGGUUAUAAAAUGAUUAUAUUAUAAAAGUUAUUUAUAUUAUUUUAUAAAAUUAUAAAAAUGGGUUUUUAAAAAUAAAUUACUGAGGUACUUAAUUGGAGAUAAUUAAUACAUUUUUAAUAAAAAUAAAAAUAGCUAUAAUUUGUAAACAUAUUUUAAUCGCUUGAAAAAAUUAAAAACCAAAAGUUUACCUUAUAUACCAAUACACUUAUUGAAAAUUACCUAAGUGAUAAAAAGCAUCAGAAAAAAAAUAUUUGUUAACACAAAAUUGAUGAAAUUUUAAAAUGUAUCUUUUUGUUCUAAAUACUUAUCCAUAGUUUACCCAUCUUAAACGAUCGUGAGUUUUAAAUCGUAUUUGUCUACGUUUAAAUAUUAUUACAUUGAAUUAUAAUUCAAAUGAAGUUAAUUAACUUUCAAAAAAAAAAAAAAUGUAUUCGUGAUUUUAGUUCACAGUUGAUUCAAAUCUAAAAACUAUUUGAGUACUCAUGAAUUUAUAGUAAUUCCAUAUUUUUUAAACCUGAUAUAUUAUUUAGCUUCUACCCGGCUAAUCGUACUAUUUUAAAUUUGCCUUUAACAAAAUCAUAGACAUAUUUUCUGCCUGUAUAAAACAUUCGAACAAACUAUGCGAAUUAUUCUAUAACUCCCAAACUUUGCCAAAAAAAACUAGCUGUUGAAAUGUUUUUGAUUUAGUUGGGACUGAAAUACAACUUAAUGCCCAGUUACUUAGUUAAUGUGCAACUACCACUUUUUAAAAAUCAGGUUUCAUACUUGCUAAUGUAUGAACACAACGCUACUAACACGUGAAUUUACUUUAACUUCAUAUUUUAUUAUUAUAUUAUCUUAUUUUGUGUCUCUAACUAUGCUAUAUUAUAUUAAUUUCCUUAUUAUUUAUAAAUAUUUACUAAAUAUUAACGUGUUUAAGAUACAGAUAACCCUGGGUUAUCUCUCACAUGAGUUAUCUCAUUGAGGCCCAGAAAUCAAUAAAAAAAAAAAAAAUGUUUAAUAAAAACAAAAUUAUUUAUUCAAUAAACGAUGAACGAUAAAAAUAUUCACGAUUCGUAAACUAUGUGCGUAUCCAAUUAUACUUUUCUAUAGACGCCUAAUGACAAAUCAGGCAUAGUAAAUUAAAAAAAACUUUUUAUCAACUAAAUUAAUAACAAUGAAUAUUAUUACAUACGAAAUGUAAUAUAUUGAAGUUUCGUUUCAAAUCAUUAUAUUAUGUAUAUUUAUGAUAUAAUAACUAUUAAAAUAUUAUUCGAAAAUAUUAAAUUGUUAGGUAAUUAGAUGAUUUUAGGUAAUGAUAAUAUUAUUUAAUAUACCGAUCGUUGCGAUACAGUUUUACAGUUGUUCGUCUUUUCGGCUUUAACGACGACACGCCUUGUUAGAGUGUAACGAGGGAUUAUGAUACUGUUCUGUUUUCAAAAAAAAAAAAAAAAUAAUAAUAUAAUAUAGUAUAUAUAUAUAAAAUAGUUUUCUACGACGAAAACUAUAAUUGACGUACUGUAUCGUGUAAACGUGUUAUCGUGUCCACAGGCUAUACUCAUUUAUCGAACAUAUAUAUUAUAUAUAUUGUAUCGUCAUGGUACAAUAUUAUAUAGGUAUCCUUACCUUUGGAAAACGCGCGUAUGACGUGUCUCCGGUUCCACAAGAUCGUACAUGUAUAGGUGAUUUGUCUAACCCUAGAAUUUCCAGUUUAAAAAUAAUUUUUGUUUUCCAUUAAAAUCAUAAGGUUAGGUGUCUAUUAAACUGUGUGUAACCACGACAGUAUAUUAUUAUAAAUUAGUAGUAUUAUAUCGUAUACGAUUAAGUAUAAUAUUAACCAUUGGGGUGUAAUAGGUACUAAGAAUUUGAAUGAAACGUAAAAAAAAAAAAAAAAACAAAACAAAAAUAUAUUAAAAUAUAUAAUAUGAUAUACCUACUUACUUAACUAUUUUGAGUAAAUCGAAGAAUACCAUAAUAAUAAUAUUUAAGCUCUAAUAAACAGGUAUUUUGUUGUUAUUUCAAUCUGUGUAUUAAUGUACCUAACUGUUUUUCGUUCAAACAUUAUUUUACAGAUUGUAAGUAUAUUAUAGCGUGUACCUCUAAUAGACUAAAAUUAUUAGAGUUGUAAUUUUUUAAGUGUAGCCCGGUAUAACGGUAAGAAAAUUGUGAAAAUCUACCUAUCGAAAAAAAAAAAUUGCAAAAUGGAUAACAAACCCAUUUAUUUUAUUGUAGGUACCUACCUAUUUCCUUGAAACACAGAAAACAAUUACUCUAGGGACUUGACAUUUUCACUCACUUAUUUUCUUAUUUUAAAGUAGUUCAGUAAUUUAAAAAAAAUAUACCGACUAUAGUAUAGACUAGGUAUACUAUUAUAUUGUCUUAUAUAUACUUUUAGUAGUAUAAAUAAAUAAAUAGAAAUAAUAGAGUUUCGAAAUGGAUUUUUUUUUCUGUUUUUGUUUUAUACAUUUGGUAAUUUCAAAGAUCUGAAAAUUGAAUUUAGAUACCGCUGAAAAGUCUGAAAAUGUUAUUAAUACGCGUGGUUAAAGUUCAAAGGUUUACAAUACACAGAUGUAGUUGAAUAUUUACAUAAAUAAUAUUUAUUUUAAUUCUGAACGUAGACUGGGACAAGCUGUUAGUUUUUAAAAUGAUAAUUAUCUGGAAGCGCUUUUUGAACCAUGUAACAUACCGCCGUUGACACAAAAAACUCCCAUGUUUUUCAAAACACCUGAUUUUUUUGUAAUUCAAUAACAGAUACAUUCCAACUUGAAAAUAUUAAACCAAAGGUUUUCGGUAUUAAAAUAGAUAAUAUCACGAAUAAUUUCUAUAUUCAUUUUGAUAAUAUUAAAACAAUAUUUAAUUUAAUAUAAUUAUAAUAUUAUUUAUUUGUGGUUAAUAACUAUAAAUCCAUCAGUGUCAUUUGUACAUUUUAAUAUUAGAUACCUUCCUAGUUCUAACUCGAUAUAAUAUUAUUCAUAUUAUCCUCAUUAUAGAUACCUAUAGUCAAAGUUUAUCGUAUUUCCUUUUGUCAUAAUUCAAAUGUUAUACAGAGUUCUCAAUAAAAUCACUUAUUUAUCGUUCACUUUUCGUGAACAAGAAGUUAGUAAGUUACAAGAAUAAUGCUCAUUAGUUUUUCAACUUAUAUUUACAUUACCUAGUAAAAUACAAUUGCCAAAAGCAUUAACAUUCUUCAAUCUAUAUAAAUAUUACAGGUUUAUACUCAAACUCAUCGCUUAAGAAACCGGAAACUUUAAUUCGUUAGAAGGAAGACCCAAAUGUAAAACAAGUAACAUUUUAAUGAGCUAAGAAAAUGUGUUCGUUCAAUUAAAAGAAUAUAAUAAUAUACAGACGCUAUAGGUACUAUCAAAUUUCAUUUUUAUAACAUUUUCCAAACAAUGUUAAUAGAUUAGCAUCUAUAUAUAUAUAUAUAUAUAUUUUCUUUUAUACGCUUUCAAAAUUUAUAUGAAAAAUCAGAAAACGUAAUCUAAAAAAAAAGGAUGCUUUAAUUUUAAAUUUAAUUUGAAUAAUAAUACAAAUAUAAAAUUAUACUGUUUAAUUACUAAAGUUAAACUAUUACUGUACGUAAAAAAAUAUGAGUUGUACAUGAAUCGCUAAACACAGGGAAAGUAACUAUUCAAAUUUUAACAUUUUUCAGGACAGACAGAAAAUUUCUUAAGCACUUAGAGUUUAAUAAUAUUUAAUAAAAUAACUGUAGAAACGUAUUAUAUGAUAUAAAACAUUAUAAAAUUAGUUUAUUAACAUGAAAUUUGUUUUUGAUUUUUUUUUUUUUCAGAGAUAAAUAGUUAUUUUAAUUAUUUUUGUCUUCUUGAACAAUUUUAAAAUUUGAACAUGUGUCAUUCCUAUAUUUAGUGAAUCACAUUAGUAGGUACCUAUAUUGAAUAAAUGUUAUAUCCCCCUCACCACUAAAAUAUAUUUUCAAAUAUGUUUUGAGUUAUAAAUCCGCCAAUAUGCCUACAUAUAUGUAUUUAUUUACUCUUGGUAUGUAUAACAUAUUCCAGAACAGUCGAUUAAGUUUUGAUUUCUCUUAAAUAGGUAUCUCGCAUGAUUUAUUUUCUAAAAUAGUUUCCAAUCAACCAGACAACAACAGUCAAGUUUAAAUAUCAAUGCAGAAUACUUUGAAUACAUAUUAGUACAUAAUAUACUAUAAUAUUGAGCCGAAAAAAUAUUAAAACAACGCUGUUCGAUGUGUAGAUAAUAAGACAAUUUAAUAUUUUAGUCGUAGUUAUAUCGGCUAUUUAUUUAUGUUAAAUUAAAUGCUAUAAUUUAAUUAGUAACCUAAAUGCUAAAAAUACAUCAUACACGUCAAUCAUUAUUAUUACAGGGAAUUAUUAUUAUAUUAUACAGGGUGUUCCGAAUUAUAACAUGUAUGACAGCAGAUUUCACUAGGUACGUAUAUGAAUAAAUAUUUAGGUUUUUUUUUUAAUUAUUAUUAUUAAACGACCUAGGGUUGAGUCACUACCUAUAGCCAGUAUCUCUGCCACUCAUUUUUAUUUUAUUCGUAAAUAGUGUAAUUGUGUAAUUUGAUAUUCCAUAUAGUUAUUAUUGUAUUAAUUUACAUUAAUUUAUUUACUAGAUGAUAUAAACUAUUACAAAAGCAUAGAUAGUAUAUGAUAGCCAUGGAACAGGAAAAUCUCGAAAGGUACUUUUUGAAAUUCAAAUAACAACAAAAUCAAAAAUUAAUACAAUGUCAACUACACGUGAUGGCGACUGUCCCAAUACUCUCUUAUCCCUAUACCUGUAAAAUGACCGGACUUAAAGAGAUAAUAUAUCUCGCCAACGAGUUUCGGAUUAACGGGCAUUAAAAAUUUUAACACUGAAAUUAAUUUUAACUGAAAUUCUAUUUAUUUAUGGAAUUUCAAUAAAGGUUGAAUUUUAAAAAAACCGAUCUUUAAAUGUCAUAUUUUUAGUGAAUAAAAAAAUGAAUACCUAUUUAGCACUAUAAAUAAAAUAGGUACAUUUAGAAAUUUAGAACUUUCGAUGUUAAUAAAGUUUAUUACACAAUGAUAAUUAGAAAAAAAAAUACUAAAUAUUUCAUAAUAUAGAGAAAAUCUAUUACUGUAACAUACAAUUUCAAAAACCCUGUACAAAAUAAUUCUCUAAUCAAUAUUUUUGAAGUGUAUAUUUUUGGCGACUACUAAACCUAAACUAAUAACAAUCCUCCCCGGGAUUAAAAUUAAUAUUGACUUUUGGUAGACGUCACACCACCGCGCCGCAACAGUUAUCUUUGUCACACUACACUAAACCAUAUAGGUAAUGAUAGAAAAAUCAAAUUUCGUAAUAUUAAAAUAAAUAAACUAGUUAGGUAGUUUAAUUUUAUAGUAACAUAUAGAGUAAUAUAUUGGCUUACGCGAAAACUAUAGGCUCUAUAUUUAUUACAAGCGAUAAAUAAUAAAUAUUACAUCCGUUUCAAAUAAGUAUUUUAAUGUGUGUGCUAUUUUUAUAUUUCUGUUUUUUUUUUUCUACUUAGUUUUCAAUAUCAAUUAUAAUACUUAAAUCUCGUAUUAUAAUGCAAAAUAUUUGUUGAAAAAGUAAAUGCAUAUACUAUUAUAAUAUACCUACUGCAGCAUAACCAAACGAAAAUUUAUGAUUUAUAAACAUUAAAUUUCAACAAAGUUUUCACUGAAAAUUUUAGAGAAACGGGAAAGUAAUAAUAUACUUAAUAAUUUAAGUAUACGCUGUUUACAACUCUACUGCACUUAUAUCGCUUAUAAAUCACAAACUAUAUUAGUUCAAUUUGUGGUAUGUACACAUUACACCUAACUAUUAUGAAAAUAAUAUUAUACAUAUAAUAACAACAUUUUCAACAUACAUUCUGUACCGUAAUAUUAUAUCAUUUAUCAUUUAGAAUAAUGCAUAAAACUUAAAAAUACAAAAUCUUUAAGACAAAAUACUAUGCAAGUUUUAACAUCGUAUAAUAUAAUAUUAUGAUCAAUUAUAAAACAGAUUUAUAAUUUUUGUAUUUUGAAAUAAGUUUAGUAUUUUUAUACCUAAUUACGAAAAACGUAUUUACGCAAGAUGAAUUUUAUCAACCGAAAUAUUACUCUUGAAAUUGAAAAAUGUUAUUUUUUGAAAUAUCUUAGAGUAGGAAAUAUUUUAAUUUUUAAUUCCGUAAACGAUAUGAAUAUAAUAUACCUAUCCUAUUUUUGGUCUUGUGAUCAGGGACCGACUGCCUAAGAAGACGAGUUCCUCAUCUGGGCCGAUGAUAAUUGUUUUGAGUCAAUCAAUUGAACAAGCGUAAAAUAUUUUAUAUCGAAAUUAAGAACUAAUUAAUUAUAUUUAAAAUUACCGAUUAACCAUCUCUAUUAUAAUUAAAAUAAUAUUGAUUUUUACUUUUCAACAUUAAGAACCAAAUUUUCUUGUUUCCCUGAGUCCAAUGUUUAUUCCCAGCCUAUCUCUCAGUUCAUUAACUGUAAUUUACGAUUAUUCAAUUGAAUAAUUCAUUAGUUCAAAUUUAUACAGGACUGUAUUAUAUUAUAAUGGUCAUAGUAAGGUGUUCUAGUCACUAGUGUUUAAAUUUCAAUUUAAAAUCUACAGCAGGUCCAGCUUUAAAAACCGAAAAAUAAAUGAUAUUAAAUAUAAUACGAGUAUAUUAUAUUGUAAGAACAAGAGCCGACACUGAGAUGACAAAGAACAAUCCCAUUUCUAUACUAUAACUAUAUAAUAUUUGGUUCGUAAUAUUAUUGUCUACCAGCCUAUAUUAUAACAAUAAAAUAACCGUUGUUAUUAGUUUAAUAGAAUGAUAUUAUUGUGUAGGGCAAUUUAAACAAAAAAGAUUUUUAAUGAGAUUUGUGCAAAAAAAAACAUUUAUUGCGAAGUAUUUGAAAUAAGUUAAUGUGAUAAUAAAAAUCAUGCUUUAUUAGCAAAUGAAUUAUUGUGUAUUUCAAAUAUUUAAAUAAAACUGUAGUUAUCACAAUAUAUAUUAUAAUUAUCCUCUUUUAUAAAUUAUAAUAAUAUAAAUACUAUAUUACAAUAUAUUAAUAAUAAUAUUAUUGAUGUCUAUAUUAUAACUAAUUUUAAGGAUGUCUAGCAUUUGUAUGUUAUUUUUAAAAGAUUACAAAAAUAGUAGAGUAAAACAUAAAUACUAUUCAUCAUGUAAAUUAAUAUUUGCAAAAACCAUAUUUUAGGAGUAUGUACCUAACUUUUAAGUGUUAUUAAAAUUAACUAUAAUUAUAUGUUAUCGUAUUGUAUGCCAAGUAUUAUACACGGUUUUUUUCAAUUUACAUUGUUUAAAUUCAUAAGCACUGAUGAUAGUAUAGCAUACUCAAAGAGACUAUCGUAAGAUACUUAUUUAAAUUUUAGUUAACAUUGAGUUUGAUCAAUAAGAUAAAAACUCUCAAAUUAUUCAUCUCAAAAACCAAAGAUUUUACGUAAAUACCAUCAAUAAUAAUAAUAAAACGGAUAUACUUCGUAUCAUGAGUGGACUACUACUAUAGAUGAGAAGUUGGGAAGGUAGAGGGGAAAUUUAAUGUAUAUCCGUACGCAAAGAUUAAUCAUUGCUAACAAAAAACGAUUCUAAGCAAAGUUCGGUUAUACAUGUUUUGAAAGGUAUUAAUAUUUAUGAUUUGAAAAUAAUACAUUCCGUACAUUUUCCCGUUUUUCUUAAUUUUUUUUUCUGGCUUUUCCCAUUUAAUAUGAAAACCACUGGAAAAAUCAAAAUAUGGUAUCUCUACUAUAAGUACCAUCCCAGUCAAAUUUCCUUUUAUAAAAAGUGCUACCCUUGAAAAUUGGAACAAAAUUUCUGGUAGAAAAGUUGUUUACAGAAAAAAAACUAAAACAUCAUUGUAAACCAAUACAUUCUCGCUCUACUCAAAUUCAAAAAUAAUAAAUUAGUUAUGUGUCAAGAUUUUAGUAUACAUUUAUUGCACACUAAAAAGUUAACUUUUACUAAAAGUAAAACAAAUUUGUUUUAAACUAUAUUUUAGUGCAUAUUUAGUUGUUUUUUUAAAGCAUAUAUGAAUGCAUAUUUACAUGUUUUUAGAACUUUUUUUUUUAAGCUUAAUUAUAAUAGUAUACCUAACCAAUUUGUAAUAUCACUAAAAUCCAAACGAAAUCCUAAAAAAACAUUAUACGAAUCAUGAAUAAUUAUAAAGUACAUCUUGGUUAAUAAAAACAAAUCAGUGAUAAAAAAUAUUCGUUCUGACGUGUAACUAUAUGUAUCGAUAUAUAUAUAUAAUACGUUUUUUUUUUUGGAACUAACUGAAAAACUACCUAUCGAUUUUCCUAAAGGUAUAUGUUAUUUUUCAUUUAAUUUUUUUUUUUAAUGCCUGUGUAUUUUUGCUCAGAUCAUUCCAAUAGCUUAUUAAUUUCCGGUAGUCGAUGUGAUAUUUUUUGUUCUCACAGAAAAGUCAUCAAUGCAGUCACCUAUAACUAUUUAAAGUUUAGGAAGUUUAUAAAAACAACAGGAAAACACCGAAAAAACUGUGAACAAUGUACGGCCAACCUGUUUUUAUUCAAUUCAAUCAACCCGUUUUUAAUCAAUUUGAUAUUUGUUAUAUUAUAUAGUACCUAAUUCCAAAAAUAACUAUACGUGUUAAUGUUUUCAAUAAUUUUUUUUUGGUUAGAUUAUAAAUUUAAUAGACGUUACCUAUGUGAUAUUUUGGCAAAAAAUACAAAAGAUGAAGAUAUAUAAUAAUAAAUGUAAGUCCGUUUACACUUCGUUCUAACUAUUGAACAUAAAUAAUAUAUAUUCACAAAUCGAGACACUUAAUUUCGUAAAAUUUUAAAAUUCUGGAUAAUUAUUAAAUACAUAAUAUAUUUUGAGUAAUAAAUUACCAGACAUUGUCAAAAAAAAAAUUAUUUUAUUCUAAUAAAAGUCAUAAAUGUAUUUCAGUAAAACAACAACAAUUUCUCAGUUUUUUUUCUAGAUUUUCUAAAAACAAAAGCUAUACGAUUUUUUCGAUUUGAUUAACACCUAUAAGAUUUAAAUUUCCAAUUAUAUUUAAAAAGAUUUGAUGCCUAAAUUAAUAGUAAGUUACAAUGCUCAUUGAACUGUUAUAAUAGUAGUAGAUUUCUAUCGAGAACAAAAAAAUGUAUUUUCGAAAAGAAAAUCAUUUUUGAUAGAACUUCGUCAUUAUUCCUAUUUAUGUAUAAUAUUUAGAAUUAAAAAAACAAUAGCGUUAGGGUAUUUGAAAUAAAAGGAGCAUGGUGUGGCAAAAAUGUAAUAAUUAUUAAAAAUGACAUAAUAUAGUUAAAAUUCGUAUUAAAGAGUGUUUGGCAUACAUGCGAAAUCGGUAAGGUAAUCCUAUUAAUUUAUGCAUUCGGCGUACAGAGGUUUAAAAUGUAAUAUAUGCGUAAUGUGACAACGAGAACUGUUCAAAAAUAAAAAGGAUGUUUUAUAAAAUUUGCAGUUAAUAUUUUAAUCUAGAUUUAGGGAAAUCUCUAAUAUAUUUCGUAUUCGUUUUCCCCGGCACGUCCUACGGAUAUAGGAAUAUUUUAAUUAAUGGACAAAGGUCGAAUCCCCUAACCUUUUUUUUUUAUUCUGUAGAGAUUAAUGUAAUAUACUCUUUAAUUACGUAUGCGUGAGCAUGUAAGGAACUUACACACGUUAAGUAUAAAUCGGAGGGAGAUGAAGAAUUUAUAAUGAACGCGCAGUAAUAUCAUUGGGCAUUACGCUUAAUUUGGUAUGGGUUAUCCAGCCCUGAGAGUUUUUGAAAUGAGAUUAAGACCAAUAAUUAUUUAUUAGGUAUUAUUAAUAAAUACACUACAUUUACAAAAUAUAAAAAAUUGUACACGGUUUUAAAAAAAUGACUUUAUUCAAAUUUGUAUUCGUUAAUUGUUAUUGAACGUAAUUUUAUAAAAGUACCUACUUAACUAUUUUACCACUUGAAUAUGUGAUUUAGUACAUGUAGCUAGGGUAUCAUUAGGUACUUAUAUGUUACUAUACACAUGUACACCUACCUACCUAUGUAAAUAUUAAACAUCUGUAUAAUAAUGGGUUCAUUAUUCACUUUUUAUUUUUUUUAGAAAUACACAAUCUAUAAAUUAAAUUUGUUUUACAAUAACGCAGUAUUAGUGGAUAUAUGUCUGGCAUGAAAAAAGAACAACCUGGUGACGACAUUUUUUAAAAAUUAUAUUAAUUAAAGACCUCUGGUUUCUGAACAAUGUCUGAUGUUAUUCAAAUGACUCACAUCUUUUGAAUUUAAGACAUAUGCACCAUUGGCGAACUAACCGUUUUGGUUAGUUUCCGGGGAUUAUGUCCGAGUCAAGAUUCGUGGUUUUGAUGGAUGAUUAAGAAGAAUCGAAUGUAAUUAAAUUUACCGUUAUAAAAUGCUCAAACCCUAUAACGAUAAUAUGUGUCGGUUAAAAAUGAAUAAACCUAUAGCUAUCCUAUACUAUAUAGUCAGAAUGUUCUUUCUUCGAUAUAAUUGAUUUUUAUGUAAUAUUAUUCCAUACAAUUAUAAUUAUCCGUAAUUACAUUUUGAUUUUGUAUUUCUGAUUAAUGAUAUUAUAUAAUUAAAUAUGUUUGUCAGGUAAACUUAAACAUGACUACACAAAUUGGAGUCUUGUCUUGCGGCAUAAUUUUGGCGUUCGCAGUUCUGACCGGAUUGUUCCCCUUGCAAACCAAAGGAAACAUCAUUGACCAAAGAGUACUGCAACGGGAACUAGACAACUCUCAGGAAAUGAUGUCAAUGGACGACAAAGACGAAUUCCGCGAGCUUGAAGAGCCUGUACUCAAUGAUUAUACUAUAAAAACUAAGGUUUGUGUUCGAUUUUUACCUACUUAAUUGUAUAGAGGAAAUAGCUACUAGACUUUCUAGUUUUAAUCAAGAUCUGUAAAAUCGUUUUGUAGAUCCUAGUAUACCGGGUUAUUCUUUUAUAAUUGUUUAAUUACACCUAUUAUCUCGGAAAGUAUACAAUUUUUUCAGAAUCUGUUUUAUAUAAAAUUUAAGAAACAAGCAGUUCCACAAUUUUAUAUUUACAUAAUUUUUUAUUAUUCCAAUUUUUGUGGGCAAAACGACUAUCUACUUCUGGUUUUCAAAUGGCAACCUAUAUUGUAAAUGCCUCAAAUAGAUGGAGUAUUAGUUAAAAAAAUGUUGGUAUUAACAUUUUUAAAUUCCAUAAAUCCAUUGACGAGAUAUUCCAAUUUUUUAAUAUGGGAAAGUGGAGAGUAGUGUGGUGGCACGGCACACGGUGUUUUAAUAUCACUACUGUCUCCUCCGACUCAAACUCAAAAAUAUAAAUCUCGGCGAUUGACGGAAAUCAAAUAUGUCAUCGCCAAAAUUUAUUUCAAAUAAUACUUCAUCUGUUUAAGGCAUUUUCAAUAUAAGUUGCCAUUUGAAAAACAAAGGUAAGUAGUCGUUUCACCCUCAAAAAUAAGGGCGACAAAAAAAAAAAAAAAUGAUAAUAGGUAUAACAUUUUAGAAAUAUUUGUUUCUUAAGUUUUCACAAAAAAAAUUAUAAAAAUAGUCAAUACUUUUUUAAAUAAUGAGUGUUUAACAAUAAAAUAAUCGCCCGGUAUAAUAAAUUUAAUGAAUAAAAUAAUAUGUAGUAAAAAUAAAACUACAUAAAAAUAUAUCAUUUAUGAUUACUAUGGGGCAAGUGUGCCACUGUUGUAGGUGCACAAUGUUGGGACUACAAUUUGUGGGAUACAUAGUUAUUUAAUUUGAUCUUUAAUUUAAUUAAUUGAUUUAAUUUGAUCUAAUUUGAAAUUAUUUUGAAUCCUGUGAAGUUUAUUACUUCUAUUAGUCAAAUCGAAGAUUUAAAACGCUUUAAUCUUCUCAGGACAACUAGGACUAUCCUGAAAAAAUUCACACGUAAAUUUAUCUAAAGUUUCGAAAAGAACCCGUUAAAUAAAAAAAGACUUCCUAGGAUAAAGGGUAAGAGUGCAUCCACUGUUAUAGAAAAUUUAAUGUAUACCUGUAGAUAACGAUAAACCAUUGCUUACGAAAAAACGAUUCUGAGCAUCACUAUCAGUUGAUAGUGAUGCUUUGUCAACAAUUUACGUAUAUACGCAAUUUUAUAGUAAAUUAAUUAAAUAAACUUUAUAUAUUUUCUCUAAUAACAUUUGUUUAAUAUACUGAUUUUCCCGUUUUUCCCAGGGUUUUUCACGUUUGCUGGGAAAGCUCUUAGGAAAACCGAAAAAUAAUUUCCCCAAUUUCCCCCACUCCGAUUUCCUUUCAGAAAAGUUGCAACACUUAGAAAUCUGGGCAAAUCUUCUUAGAGAAAAGUUAGAAAAGUUUGUUGAAAAGUUAUUCACAGAUAAAAAAAAUUAAACACCUUUGUAAAUCGAAAAAUAGCUGUCCUUGAAUUUGUAAAUUUCGAGACUAAUUCAUCAUUUAUGAGUCUCGGUUAAACGAGACUCAUUGACUCGUUGAUGUUAAUUUUUGUACGUGAUGUGUGUUGUAGUCGUAAAAUAAUGUAUUUACAAAUUGUGUGCAAACCUCAUUCUUCAAUAAUAUUCGCCCCGAAUGAUGUCAUUUGAAAGGAACUGUUCUACUUUUGUACAUUCUUCAAGAAAUGGUUCGAUCGAGGUUCUUGGCCAGAAAGCAAUGAUGGCAGUAGCUCUAGUGACGGUGUCAAUUGUGGUAAUUUGACUUUUCCACUCGCACAAUAUAAUCCUAGUGGACGACAGUUCGUAUAGAAACCUCAAAGCAUUACAUGUUACAGAGAUGUAAAGUUCUACCUAGGCUGCCAAUAUACAAGUAUAUAGCGCCGGCGCUGUAAUAUAUAAAUUUGUUGUUACCUAUGGAAACAUGUGAAAGCAGAACUGAACGUCACAAAUUUUAUUGAGAUUUCCAUACAAUAAUAUGCCAUCCAAAUUUACGACUUUUCCGGUGAAUUUUCCAAAACUUUUCUUUCAUACAAACCUUAUCCUGAUAAUUAAGAAAACAAAAACAAAAAAAAAUCAGUCAAAUCGGCCACAUCGUUCUUAAAGUAAUGAUAUAUUAUACAUUUGGCGAUUGAUUUUUAUUUCAGUUAUAAGGUUAUAUUUUAUCAUGUUAAUUUUAUUAUUAAUUUUUUAUUAAUUUUAACAUUAAUUGAUUUUUAAAUUCUAAGUAUAACGAAGAAGCUAUUAGUUUUAUAGAUUAUUUUUUAUCGCCACCCCAAAAACACUAACGGUAAAAAUGCUUGGGUUUUUUCAUGACAUACAUUAAAAGAUGCUGAUUAUGGUACUUUUUUGAAACAUGUUUUAAAAUGUAUGCGAUUCACACCUAAAUCCUUUUUUUUGUUAAUUUGACAAUAGAAAAAACACCAAUAAUACUACUCCUCUCAGAAUCGUUUUUGUUCGUUUUAUCGUUUGAUAUAAUAUAUUAUAUCAACUAUAAAUUACCCUGUACAUUUUAUCUUUCCAAUUAAGUACUUACCCACCUAAAAACCGUCGUUCGUAGUAUCCAUUUUACUAAAAAAAAAAUAUUUUUUAUUUAACAAUAUAUUUAUUUUUAAACAUCUGAGAAUAAAAAAAAAAUAAAUACCUAUUUAAUUAUAAUAUUAUAAAUGAGUACAAUGAAAUUCAAUAUAGGUAUCUUCUAAUACCUAAAAAAUAUUAUACGUAUAGUUUUUAAAUACAAGACUGCACAAACUAACGAAGGUAGAACGUAGGUAUUCAUUAUAAUAAAACAUUCGAGAUUAACGUUUCAUUAAAAAAUAAAUAAAUAAUAAGAAUCAUUAAAAAAUUAAUAUUUCUCUCUCGAAAUAGAUAUUCACGAGUUUCUAUAAUUACCUAAGAAAUCAUAAAUAUAUUAUACACUUAUAAUUACGAUGCUCAGUUGUUGGAAAUAUUAUAUUUAUCUCUCAAAAGUUAAGUUAGGUAGAUGGAGGAAUAUUUAAAAACAAUUUUUUUAAUUACUUAAUAGGUAUAUAAUAAUGGAUUAAACGAACGCUCUGAAUAAACAUCUACUUGUGGUACUCAUAUUACCAACUAUACGGUGGUAACAAAACAAAUAUGUUAAUUGGUAAAAAAAACUAAAAAUUAAAAUACCGAAAACUGGUGUUAAAUAUUUGUUACGUUUCCUUCAACUGAGAGCAACAUAGUAUACGAUUAAAUUAUUUGUAUAAUGGUAUUAUUAUUUUAUAGUUUAAAGGCUAUAAUUAUGGUAUUUCAAAAAGUUCGGAAUGGUACGCGAAAUUAUAUUUUAUAAUAUUUUCUUCUCGUUCUUUCAAACUUUUAAUUAAUAUAUAUACCUAUUAUAAUGUUUCGCAGAUUUAAGCUUAUAAUUAUUGUUACUGAUAUUUUAACAUUAUUAAAAAGCCAAUAUACUUUGCACCAUGGAUGUACCCAGUGGCCGAUCUAAAUUUUGGAAAUGUAGGUUCACUAUUUUUGAAAGGUUACUUUUUCAGGUCAAAAAUGAAGACCAAGGCGCAUGUAAGAUUUUAUUAUUUUAGGGAGGUUAAACAAAUUACAAAAGGUCAGCCGGUAUGACUGGUAUACAUAUAUUGGGUUAUCUAUUGAGUAAGUAUACACAAUGUAAUAUGAUAUGCAGUGAGUGAAAUGCAGUGAUUUUACGAUUUUCAUCCAAAUUUGAAUUUUAAACACUAAAUCACUAAAAAUUUUUCUUUCAAAAAAGAUGCAUCACUUGAAAAUCAGUAUAAGAUUUUUCGUAUAAAAGCUGAUAACAGACAAAAGAAAAACACAUCGUUGUAAAAACCAAACUAAAAAAAAGCUAAUCUAAAAUUGCAAGAAUAGAAAAUAAAAUAUGAAUAUUGCUAUUUUAUUUUCUAAGGUUUUAAAGGGAAACAAUUAUUAUAAUAUUCAGAAUCUAUUAGAAUAAUUAUGAACACAACAAAUAGCAAUACAAGUACAUUAAACAUUUAAACCUCAGUAUUUAAAAUGCAAUACAAAUUUGAUUACUUAUUUCUAAAACAGAAUAUCGUAGCUCAUAAUAAAUAUGUACUAGAUAGUUAUAAAAUAAAGUAAUAUGACGUUUAUAAUAUAUCUAAUCCGUUUUUGUGCUGAAAAAUAAAAAUAAAUUUUCAAUAAUUCUAAAUUAAAUAAACCUACCUAAUUAUUAAUAUAUUAUACUUAAAUAUUUUGAAAUAAUUGAAUAAUUAAAAAAUAUAUCGAAGAUAUAGACUAAACUAUAAUACUCGAAAUCGUUUUUCGAAUUCAAUUAGUUGGUCGUUGAUUUUAAUAGGUACCUAUUAUAAAAUAAUCCUGCUUUCUUUCUACUUCAAAAUAAACCCUAUUUAUAUUUUGCCUAUAAUUAUUUAUUAUUUAAAAUACCUAUAUAUUCCGUACAAGUUGGUUGGUUUACUCUGCAAAUCUAAAUCUCAACGUGUAGUGUUUCCUUUAAUUGAAGAGUAUAGGUAAUUCGAGAGAAUGACAAUUAGGUUAUAGUUGUAGUUAAUUAUUCGUUAGAUAUUCGAGAUGAUCAAAAUUACCGUCUAGAAUAAUAAUACAACAGACUCGUAACAAUACAGAAAGGACAAAGGUAGACGUAAAGGUAAAAUAAUUGUCUGGUAUAAUGCAUGUAGGUAAGUAUAGAUGGUAUUGUAGGUAUAUAGUUAAGUAGGGAUUUUUUUUUUUUACUCUAAAGACUUCAAGGUAAUAUAAUAUUCACAUGUUUAAAAAUAACAAAGUUAACAGAAUAGUUGUAUUAUAAAAAAAUUCAAGCUUCUGUUUCGUAGUAAAUACAUAAUCUAUUAGUAUUAUUAAUAUACUUAGUCAAGUUUUAUGAAAUGGUUAAACUCGUCAUUAUAUUAUAUAAGUACAGAGUGAACUAAUGUGUACAGUUGUAUAGACACAUUGUAGUGUGCACUUUCGGAACUCUUGUGUAUAAUCAAUAGUAAAAUAAAGUAAAUAUAGUAAAUAUAAUUGUUAAGUUUAUAAUUGUUGAGUGUAUUUUCAAUUCAUAUACAGUGUUCCACGAAUGGAUUCAUUCAUGUUACCAAUGUAACUCAUAAAUCAACAAAAAUAAUACGAUUUUUGGACUAAAAAUACCUAAAAUCCGAAUUUUAAGAAGAUGGUAUUCAAUAGGAAGUAGAUUUUAAUAGUUAUAAACCUUCUCUGGACAAUGCAAAACUGAUGGUGAAAACCGCAUCAGAAUCCAUUACGUAGUUUAGGGGGAAUUAGUGGAUAUACAGACAGACAGACGCAGAAUGUAACUUUGUUUUAUACUACUUAUAUGUAUAUUAUAUAAAUGUAAUAUAUGUAUUAUAUAUGCACCAAAAUAUACAAAAUUCACAGCUGCCUGUUCAUAUACAGAGUUACCUCUAAUAAAUAUGAGACUUACAGCAAAAUAUAGGUAUCUAUAAAUAGGUACCUACUUAAGAUAAGACGAGAGAUUUUACCUGAAUAGAGAACGGCGUUAACAUUUUUUAUUUUUAUAUUUAUUGAUUCUAUACAUUAAUUAUGAUUAGUUAGCCAACAAGCAACAAUAAACAAAAUAAACCUAAAAUAUUAUACUUAGAUACAUCUACAUUUUAAUUAUAUUAUUUGUGUACAAAUCUACCAUCAUAAAGAUCAAAACACCAAGAUUUGAUUUAAUCAUAAUGGGAGCUAUAAAGAAAAGUCUUUAAAAUCAGAAAACUACCGAAAAUGAGAGAUGUUAGGAAUCCCCGGGCCAUUUUAUUUUUCUUGUCUACAGAAUGUUUUCUUUUUUUAUCUUUUUAAUAAGUAUCUAAAAGAAAGAGCCUUGUAACAAUACUUACGUAAUUUUUUAAAUUUAUGUAUAUAUAAUAUAUAAACUUGUUUUUAUAAGUUGUACAGUUAUAAUUAAACUAAUGAAAAUAUAACAAGAUAUAAGUUUUUUACUUGUUAUUUUCUCCAAUUUUAAAACAUGCCUACAUUAAAUUAUAAAAAAAAAAUAAUAAUAAGUCUAGGUAUACCUACACAUGUAUAUGUGUGUGUUUUCAUUUAUAAUAUAAUAUAAUGAAACAUAACAUAUAAUGAAAACAUAACAGCUAUAGAUACCUAUUUAUUAAGUAAUUUAAUCUUGACAUGAAUAUAUUUUAGCCAAUUUACUAGUUUUUACAAUUUACAAAGUGUGAUUUGUUGAUUAAAAGUUUACUUUUUUUCAAUACGAUUUUGAAUUGUUCAUAAUAUAGUUAGAGAUAGGUAGGUAGGUUGUAUGUAAGUAUAGAUUCUUACUACUUUUAAUAUUUUGUAACUUUCUUUGGUAUGGACAUGGCAAUGGGUUAUGGGUACAUCUUAUUAUUUAAGAUUUAAAAUUAUCCUAUAACUAGGUAAUAACGAAAUAAUUUUUAACCCUUGUGAAGCUAAUAUAAAUUCAAAACUAAAUGGUAUAAUAAUAUACAAUUAAAUACUAAAUAUUUGUAUAAAAUACUUGUUUUUAGUACGAAUGAGACCCAUGAUACUUUUUUGAAAAUAAAAAGUGACCCGCUGCAUAAAAAAUGAAGGCAUCUGGGCAAGGGCGGAGUGGCCUACCGGGCAAAUUCCCGGUGACCUGGCUUAUAAAUGGCCUGAAGUGUUCAAAAUUAAAAGUUAUUUUUUGUUAUUUAAAAAUAAAUAUUUGAUAAUUAAAUUAUUCUUAAAAGAUAAAAAACUCAGAUAUCGAUUUGUAUUUAUUUAUAGUGGAAUCAUAAUAAAUGUAUACUAUAUUGCACGAUAUACCUAUCUACAUUCUUAUAGAGUCGCAUAUAAGGGAAGCCGAUAGAUACUGGUAAAUAUUUGUAAUAGAAUCUGAUUUGAUUGCAAUCAUUUUUAUUUCUAAAAGCAUUUCUUCAUCAAUCAUAUAAUAUUAAAAUACUAGGUAUUUACUAUUUCGUAAUAUUAUUGUUUUAGUUUGGUUUGUGGUUUUAAUUUCGUAAUAUUAUUAUUUUAGUCAGGUUUGUGGUGUUAGGCUUGUGUUAACUUUAAAAUGUCAAAAGUGACGAAAAACAAAGGAAAACCCAAACGACACACGAACUGCGGUACACAAGGCAUUUUUAGAUUCUAAGCGUAAAGCAAAAUAUUUAUUGGUUUUCCAUGAUGUAAGUGUGUUUUUUUAGAUUUAUAUUUAUUUUGUUUUUCUAUCUGUAAACCACUGUUAAACCAGAAAUCAUACUCCGUUCAUCAACUUUAAGGGUGGUUUUUGAAAAACAAUUUUGUCUAGUUGGUGUAUUGAGGAAAUCAUUUAAAUUGUUUAUUUGUUUAUAAUUUUUAAAGUAAAUAAAUAUAUAAAUAAAAAAAAAUAUACAGUAUGUAUAUCGUUUGUUGGAAACACUCUAUAACUUAACAAAUUUUAAAUAUAUUUGAAUUCUGUUUAUUUUUGGUGCUUAAAAAACUUUUUUAUAACUUAUUUGACUAAUUAAACAAUUUGUAUGCCAUGUCAUUUCGCGCAUGCGUAUAUCAACUUUUUUUUUUAAAUGGCAACCCCAUCUUUUUUUGGUUAAAUAUAAAAAUAAUCGUGGGACACUCAAAAUCCCCAUUGGGUUUUUGAAACAAAUAAUCAAUGUAUUUGGGGAACAAAUGUUUGGUGUGGUUUGAUUGGAGGUAAAUUGUUGGGACCUUAUUUCUACGACGGUAAAUUAAAUGGAAGACGGUAUUUAGAAUUUCUAAUGAAUGAGCUACCGAUCAUGCUAGACGACAUUCCUCUUGCAACAAGAAACAAUUUGAUUUUGCAACAAGAUGGAGCCCCGGCACAUAAUGCAAUUGUCGUGAAAAAUUAUUUAAAUGAACAUUUUGAAAAUCGUUGGAUAGGAACUAGUGGUAUAAUAAAAUGGCCACCUCGAUUCCCAGAUCAUAAAAAAAGUUGAUAUGCACAUGCGCAAAAUGACAUAGCAUACAAAUUAUUUAAUUAGUCAAAUAAGUUAUAAAAAUGUUUUUAAGCACCAAAAACAAAUAGAAUAUAUUGAUAUAUUUAAAUUAUUUACAUUAAAUAUACUUAAAAUUUGUUAAGUUAUAGAGUGUUUCCAACAAACGAUUACACACUAAAUAUAAAAGAGCUGAUACUGAGGAUGGAAGCGGCCACUGUUGUAGGUGAGAAGUUGGGAAGGUAGAAUACAUACGAUUAUUUCAUUUAUAUCUGUAAGUAAUAAUAAACCAUUCCUGACGAAAGACGAUUUCGAGCGCAGUUCGGUAAUACAUAAUUUGAAGUACCGUAAUUUUUAUUUACAAUUUUCGUUUAAAUUUGAUUUCAAAACGCUUAUUAAAAAAAAAAAUUCGUCCGAUGACUUUGGAUAUUUUAUCACGUCUAGUUACUUCUAAUAUAAGUAUUAUUACCAAGUUUUAACGUGUAUUUAUAAUUGAAUUACAACAUAAAAACUCUCAAAAAUUGAAAUUCCUUAAAAGCUCAAAAGUUUUAGCGAUGAUACUGUAAGAAAUUAAAUCAAAAAGGCAAAAAAAAGGUUUCUUGUAAUUUGUCAAUUAAAUUAUUAUCUAUAGUAGAAAACGUCGUCCGUGUUUUUAUAAAAUAAUGAAAUCAAGAAAUUGUACGUUUUCUACGGUUUUUCCCACUUAAGUGCUUUUAUUUAAAAAAUGGCGUCAAAAAUCAAAAAAUGGCCAUCUAGACAACUUGAGUUGUUCACCUGUAACAGUGAUUGCUUCCAUCCCCAUUAUCUUAGGACAGCUUUUUUUUUUAAAAUACUUAAACAAUCUACACAAAAUGUUAAUAUUAUCGGUUAUUAUUACAACUUAUAACCUUUUUAAUUAAUUUCAGAUCGAAGAUCAAGCCUUAGAAAAUGCAUUGAUAAAUUAUCUUUUCGCCAAGCAAAUGAUGACUAAAAUCCACGCUCGGACGGAUUCGAUUCGCGCACAGAAGAAGAGAAGUUAUUGGAAGCAGUGCGCUUUCAACGCGGUAUCAUGCUUUGGUUAAGCAGUUAACCAGCGUUUGUGUACCUAUAAUAUACUUAGUCGCGGAAUAAAAAAAAAAAAUGUACGCGGCAUCAUUAGCCACUAAAUAAUGCUUGUAUUACCCAUUAUACUCAAUUCGAAUAUAUUUAUUUCGAUUGCAUAAUAUUAUUCAUUAUAUACCUACCCAUUCAGAUAGUGUCAAUAUGCCAAACUAAUCAAACCCUACCUUAUUAUCCGCCUAAUACAAUAAAUAAAAAUACCAAUUCAACUAUAAUACAGUUAAAUUUCUGUUGUUAUAAUUUACAUUAUAGAUUAUAAUGCGUUAUUUUACAAAUAUAUUAUAAUGAAUCGCUAACCACAGAAAAUGAUAAAAGUAAAUUUUGAUUUUAUCAUUUUGUACUAAGCACUGCACUUAGAUAGGUAUAUAAUAUGCAAUUAGCCAAACAUGUUUAAAAAAAGCAUUCAGAAAGGGCAGUUUACAAUAGAAAUAAGGGGGCAUGUUCCUGUUCAUAGAAAGGAAACAUAAUAUGGCAUAUCCUAGACAUAAAAAAAAUAUAGGUAUUAUGCUUAAUUUUGUUAAUCCAAUUUAGUUGACAUUUAAAUAUAGGCUAUUGAAAAUGAAUGCCAAAUUUUCAAAAUCAUAAAUUUAUUUAUUCAAUUUGAUAUUUCGUUUUUUGACUUUUGAAAAAUUAAUUAAAUAAACUUGACCUUUUUUACAGUUAGUGAUUCAUUAUAUUAAGUAGGAACCUAUCUAAUAAUAUUAUAUUUCUCACAAGUUUAAAUUUCCUACGCAAUGUAUCUAUUAUAGUAUCUAUGUUGAUUUUAAAUAAUAUAAUUAUUGAUGUAAAAU